AUGAAGCUCUACCCCAAGCACAUCCUCCAGAAGCCUUACUCCUGCUCUGCUUCCGCCUAUGACAUCGACGUCAUCGUCCCCAAGAUCGCGGCGGCGGCGCAUGAUGUUGUGUCGUCGGAUCAGUAUCUUAGUGAGAUUAUGUCGGAGAAGGUGUCGGCGACGCAGAGGGAUCAUAGGAGGAGAGGGCUGACCGGCGUGUGGAGGCCUCAUUGGGAGAGGAUUUUGGAGUCUCCUUCCUCAAUAUCCCUAUUCCCUACCCAUCACGAUCAUCACAAUUCUUUUUAA